AAUUUGGAAUCUGUGUUCUUCCAUUGAGCUGGAUUUUCAUUUUUGGAAUUAUUUCUUCUCUUCUUGAUCCGAUAGAUGGUGGCAUGAUGGAUUUAGAGAGUGAAAGCUCUGCGCUUGAGUCUGUUGAUGAUAAUGGUUUGAUUCAACAAAGUGCCAGCAACGUUGCUGAUGAUGGUAGGAGUUUGGAUAACGGGUCUUGCUCUGAUGAGAGUGUCAAACUGGUUUCGACUUCUAAAUCUGUUGAAAUCGGUAAACCGAUGAAUUUUGAUUCACCAGGUGGUGGUGGUUCUUACACUCCGGUUUUGAAAGGACAAGGCUUGAGAAAAUGGAGGAGGAUUAGGAGAGACCUUGUUAAGGACACGUCUGCCAAUAUUGAGAAUAGUAAAGCUCUGAAGAGAGUGUUGUCGGCUGUUGGUCAUUCACAUGGUAAACAGAUGCAGUUUCAGUCACCGGAAGUUGAACAAGAGAGUCAGGGAUCUGUUGGGUCUGUGAAUAUGUUGAAAAGUAGCGGUGAUGGUUUUGAUAUACUUGGGAGUACUGGUUAUGAUUCUAGGUUUGUGGCAGGGAUUGGUUUUUCAGGUGGUAUGGAUUUAGAGAUAGAUGAUGAUCGGAGUAGUAAGUCCUCGACGGCUGCAAGAGCUCCCAAGGUUAUUAGGUAUGAGAAGCCAAUGAUUAGUUCAGGUCAGGGAGGAAAAAUUCGUGUAGAGAAUAGUAAGAAACAUAGAGGAGAAAGUGUCGAUAUCGAGAAUGAAAACUCUUAUUCCAGCUUGGAAUCUGACUCAAGAAAGCAGACUGGAAGAAUGAUGGACUACAAUGGUGAAAAUGGGGAAACGUCAAUGAGAAAAGAUGAUGCGGGAGGAGAAGGAGGAGAGUCAAUAAACACGAACAAUCGUUACUCAGAGGAACUGGAUCCAUUAACAGAGGCCAUCGACGGUUUCUUGGCCUUGCAAGAUGCUCUUGAAAAAGAGGUGCAGCAAUUCCAGGAGAUCGGGAAUGAACCAAUGCCACAACAUCAUGAACAAGUCAGCGACGUAAGUUCACCUCACUUGGAGAUUGUAGCCCUGGUAAACAAUGUUGAACAACUGGAGAACAUGCUAGAAGAAACAAGGUCCAUGCUUGAGGUGAAAGAAUCACACAUCCGUGAGCUUGAAUCCACGACGAACCAAAACAAACACUCGUGGGGAGGAACAGAGACCGUGGUUGAAGAUAUCUUCCGGCAGAAGAUUGAGGCCGAGAUUGAAUAUCUGAUAUAUUCAAGAUCUAUCGAUAACUUAAACAGUCAGAUGAAGUUAAUUGAUGAACAAGAGUCAUUGGCAGAAGAGCAAAACCAUGAGACGCUGAACAAGCUAGGAAGAGUACAAACGAAGGCUGCAAAUUUAACAAACAGAGCUCAAGACCUGCAAAACGAAUGCAUAGAAAUCACCGGAACCAUCAAGAAGAGAGCAUGUAAGAUCACUUCAUGCUUUCUUAUACAGUUAGUAUUACUGUCAACAGUAGUUUUGUUUCUCCUGUCUCAAUUGUUGCCGGAGCCAGAUACUGUUGUACCCACAUGAGCUUUGAUUUUUGAUGUAAACUGAGUUUUGUUUUGGCUUUUGGCUUUUCUUGUUAACAUUUCGGCUAUAAGUUUUGCCACUGGUAAUAAAAUUAAUCAAAGAUA